GCGGGUACGUGUUGUUCGAGCCCUUCCCUCUUUUCUUUCUGAUACGAAAGAGGACAUCACUGCCAACUUACUUAGCAAGCACCAGUUUCACCUGAUAAACAACCAUGGAGGUCUCUGAUUCUAAGCCGAGCGUCUUCUCCCAGAUUGACCUCAGCAACAAGCUGAUCAUCAAAGCCCAAAUUGGCGAUGACAUCCGACGCAUACCAAUCCACAAUGAAGACAUAACUUACGAUGAAUUGGUUCUGAUGAUGCAACGAGUGUUCCGCGGCAAACUCAAAAACACAGAUGAGGUCACUAUCAAAUACAAAGACGAAGACGGAGAUUUGAUCACAAUUUUUGACAGCACAGAUCUUUCCUUUGCCAUUCAGUGCAGUCGCAUUUUAAAACUUACAAUAUUUGUCAAUGGCCUACCACAACCCCUGCAGAGUGACCAGGUCAAACACAUACGCAUGCAGCUGGCGGACAUUCGCAAUAAGGUCCUGUAUUUGAUGGACACACUGGAACCUCCCGCAGCCGAGCCCCAGGAAGUUGAAGGUAACCAGCAAAGUGCCCCCCAAAAACGAGAAGUGCGCGUAGCAGCCGAGGGCAAACCACCAAGAGUUCCGCAGGCAGAUUCCUCAGCCCCAGCGGUUGUAGUCGACACGGCAAAGACGGCUAUGUUUGACCCCUACAAGAAACCAGACCGAUCGGACUCCAGCAAUUCUGGCGUCAUGCAGAGCUUUGGCCUAGAAAAGGAAGAGGAUAGACCCAGCUCCCCGACAGGCAGCACAACCAGCCUAGGCUCCGCCCAGGGUAUGCAGCAGAUGACCCCCAGCCACCAGCAGUACGGUCAGAGCACCCAGGCACAACCCCAGGCCCAACCCCAGGCCCAUCCCCAGACCCAACCCCAGGCCCAACCCCAGGCGCAGCAAACAGGCCAGCAACCAACCAGCAUGCCUCAACCGUCUCAGUAUCCUGGUACUGGACAGCAAGGCCAGUCAGGCUACGCUGCGUCUCCUCAAGGUGGAUACCAGAUGCCCCAGCAGCAACAACAGCAACAGCAACCUGCUACAUCACAUGCACCUGGGUAUGGUGGCCAGCAACCAACCGCGCCAUACAGCCAAGGAUACCCGCCACAGGCCUACGCGCCUACCUCACAACCUCAGCCGUACGGCGGACAGCAACAGCAGCAACAGCCGUCUCCUUACAGCCAGCAGCAGCAGCAGCCCCAGUACAACCCCCAGCAGCAAGGAUAUCCCCCUGCCCCAGGGGGUGCUGCCCCAGGGGGUGCUCCCCCAAGCGCCCCGGGGCCUGGUCAGGCCAACCCUUACGCCAGGAAUUUACAAUACGGCCGGCCGGCGGGCUACCCGCAACCUGGCUACAAGUAAUGCCUUUUUUUAAUAAUGCAUGCGGUUUGUCUGGAUGAUGUAAUUUGUGUACAUGUCAUUUGUAUGUGGGGGAUUGUAGUGACUUGUGGCAGACACCGAAGUAACUUUUGUAAGCGAGAAAGGUAAAACAGCUCUGCUUGUGGCUUGCCUCUUCAACUCACAAAAACCCCUCUUUCAAAUCCCACAUGGGCGUCAUUCAGCUGAAGUUGUCCAUCUCGCCGUCUUCUUUUUAAGAGCUACUCAGAAUUGCAACUCUUAAAACCCCGCCGUCUGGCAUGCAAGAUUCAAGUGUUCCCCAAUCUUUCUCCAAAAAGCCUGGACCCACCCAACAGUCAGAGAGGGAAAAACCAGUCCACUUCUGUUCAAGAAUCAAUCAAGGGCAC